AUGUAUCGAUUACAAAAACAAUUAUUCUUAAUUUAUUCUGCUUUCAAUACAAUUCUUUCUUUCUUUCUUUCUUUUUUCUUUUCACUCUCGUCUUUUUUCAAUCAUUUCUUUCUUUCUUUCUUUCGUUUCUCGUGCAUUCUUUCUUUCUUUUGUGUCAUACAUUCAUUCAUUCUUUCUUUCUUUCUUUCUUUUUUUCUUUUCACUCUCGUCUUUUUUCAAUCAUUUCUUUCUUUCCUUCCUUCUUUCUUUCUUUUCUCGUGCAUUCUUUCUUUCUUUUGUGUCAUACAUUCAUUCUUUCUUUCUUUCUUUCUUUCUUUUUUUUCCCUCUCGUUUUUUUUCAAUCAUUUCUUUCUUUCUUUCUUUCUUUCUUUCUUUCUUUCUUUCUUUCUUUCUUUCUUUCUUUCGUUUCUCGUGCAUUCUUUCUUUCUUUUGUGUCAUUCAUUCAUUCUUUCUUUCUUUCUUUCUUUCUUUCUUUCUUUCUUUCUUUCUUUCUUUCUUCCUUUUCACUCUCGUCUUUUUUCAAUCAUUUCUUUCUUUCCUUCCUUCAUUCUUUCUUUCUUUCUUUUCUCGUGCAUUCUUUCUUUCUUUUGUGUCAUACAUUCUUUCUUUCUUUCUUUCUUUUUUCCCCUCUUGUCUUUUUUCAAUCAUUUCUUUCUUUCUUUCUUUCUUUUUUCCCCUCUUGUCUUUUUUCAAUCAUUUCUUUCUUUCUUUCUUUCUUUCUUUCUUUCUUUUCUCGUGCAUUCUUUCUUUCUUUUGUGUCAUACAUUCAUUGUUUCUUUCUUUCUUUCUUUCUUUUCUCGUGCAUUCUUUCUUUCUUUCUUUCUUUCUUUCUUUCUUUCUUUCUUUCUUUCUUUCUGUCUUUCUUUUCUCGUGCAUUCUUUCUUUCUUUUGUGUCAUACAUUCUUUCUUUCUUUCUUUCUUUUCUCGUGCAUUCUUUCUUUUUUCUUUCUUUCUUUCUUUCUUUCUUUCUUUCUUUUUUCUUUCUUUCUUUCUUUCUUUCUUUCUUUCGCUUCUCGUUAUUUCUUUCCUUCUUUGUGCAUUUUUUCUUUUUUUCUCAUGCCUUUGUUUGUUUUUUCUUUCUUUCUUUCUUCUUUCAUUUCGUUUCUCGUGCAUUCUUUCUUUCUUUUUCUCAUACAUUUUUCUUUCUUUCUUUCUUUCUUUCUUUCUUUCUUUCUUUCUUUCUUUCGCCUCUCACAGUUAAAUUAUUUCUUCCACUUCUUUCUCUACCCCCUUUCUCCUUCUCCUUUCCUAAUAUAUCUUCUUUUCUUCUCCAUUUUCCUCUUCCCCACUUUUUCUUCAACUAUUGUCUUCUUUCUAUCCUCAUUUUUUUCUUUCUUUCCUUUCAUCUUUUUUCUAAUACUUCUCUGUCUCUUAAUUCUUUCUAAUACUUUUCUUCUUUCUUUCUUUCUUUCUUUCUUUCUUUCUUUCUUUCUUUCUUUCUUUCUGCCAACUUUAGUUUCAUUUUCAGUUUCGCUAUCACCCACACCUCAUAUUUUUGUCUCUUUUAAAUCCGCUUCCCCCUAUAUUCCAUAUACACUCAGCCAAAUAUCUUCUUCUUCUUCUUCUUCUUCUUCUCUCCCUCAUACUACUACUCCUUCUCGUCCCAUUCCUCCUCCUCCUCCUUCUUCUUCUUCAACGUCUACAUUCUUCUUCUUCUUCUUCUUCUCCUCGCCCCACUCCUCUUCUUCCUCCUUCUUCUUAAACGUCUACAUUCUUCUUCUUCUUAAACGUCUACAUUCUUCUUCUUCUCCUCCUCCUUCUUCUUCUCCUCCUCGUGCCACUCCUCCUCCUCCUUCUUGUCCCACUCCUCCUCCUCCUUCUUGUCCCACUCCAUCUCCCCCUCUUCCUCCUCCUCCUCCUCCUCUUCUUCUUCUUCUUCUUCUUCUUCUUCUUCUUCUUCUUCUUCAAACACUUCUCCUCAAUAUCUAUCUAUCUAUCUAUCUAUCUAUCUAUCUAUCUAUCUAUCUAUCUAUCUCAGUCUGUUCAUUUCUAUUAUCUAUCUAUCUAUCUAUCUAUCUAUCUAUCUCAGCUUUGAUCAUUAUCUAUCUAUCUAUUCAUCUAUCUAUCUAUUCCUAUAUAUCUAUCUAUUCAUCUAUCUAUCUAUCUAUCAUAUCUAUCUAUCUAUCGUGUAGUAAAUUAGCCAAAAAUAUAAAUGGUGACACAUUUACUCAUCAUAUCUAUCUAUCUAUCUAUCUAUCUAUCUAUCUAUCUGGAUCUAACUGA